GUAGUCUGCGUCACAGGAAGAUGGCGACUAGCAUAGCUGCUGGAGACGUGUUGUGUGUGUUUAUCUGAGUUGGAAACCUCACUGCGAAUCAGCCAAGUGCAGAAAGAGAGAGAGAGAGAGAGAGACAGACUGCACUAGGAGAGAAACUGCAGCGGUCUGUACUGGGUGUGGAUUCAGAUGCUGCAGCUCUGAGGACAUCCCUGUUUGUACCACGUAAUGUGCCCACUGUGCCAAGAUCCGCACUGCGUACCCUGCAGGAAAAUUGCUGCUAGAUGCCAACCUGAGGGAAGACAGAACCUCAUUGGACCUCGAGCGAAUCCCCUCUUUUAACCCAGUGGAUCCCCAACUCAGUAUAACGGCCCACCCCACCUCCUGCCAAAGACUAUGGAGGGUGGGCCUGUGGGGAAAAGUUCGAAGGUCAAACGAAGCAGCCCCUGGGCAUCAGCGAGCAAGCCGAGAGGACGGGCGAGCCGCGCCGGUGCCAAGGCACAUCUGUGGGAGGGUCAGGAUGUGUUGGCCCGUUGGACUGACGGCUUGCUCUACCUGGGAAACAUCCGAAAGGUGGACCGGUGGAAGCAUAUCUGUCUUGUUAGGUUCGAGGACAACUCUGAGUUCUGGGUCAUGUGGAAAGACAUCUAUCCCUCUGCGAUCCCUGGGACUGAGCACAUCUGCUGCCUGUGCAAGGACGACACGACCGGCCCGGGCAACAAGGUUGUAAACUGUGCAAAGUGUAAGCAAGGGUAUCAUCAGGAGUGCCAUGCCCCCAAGAUCGAGCCUGAUGAGCAAAUCCUGCCCGCUUGGAUUUGCCGCUCCUGCAUCUUUGCCGUAGCCACCAAGAAAGGAGGUGCCUUAAAGAAGGGGCCUUAUGCCAAAGCAAUGCAGGCCAUGAAACGAGUGCUUCCCUACCAACUCCGGACCCUCGAGUGGGACUCCCAGCACCUCGCCAACCAGCAGCAGUGUUACUGUUACUGCGGAGGCCCCGGAGAGUAAUACCUGUUCUUA